AUGCUACCCCGAAGGAUCUCGGGCCCAGGGUGGCCCCGUAUCAAUCGCAAAGGUGAGUACAGCGGCGGUCCCGAGGCUAGGGCCUCCGUUGUUGAUUCUGUGGAGGAUAGGUCGGAGGCCCCUGAAACCUCGAAAGUGGCGAUGGGAUCGGGAGCCGCUCAAAUCUCGAAAGUGGGGAAACGGUCAGGAGCCCCUGAAACCACGAAAGUGCCCAGGUUUCGCAAGGUCGAGGCUCCCGAAUGA